AUGGAGGAAGAUGAUGAAAAAGAUAAUGAUGAUAUACGAUUGUUGAUGAUGAAAGCCCGCCCCAUACCUCUCGGUAUUUGUAUCAAUUUCUGUUCGGUAUUAUACUUUGCCAGGGUAUCAGCUUUUAUGUGGCAGCAUUUUUUGAGACAGCACUCGUGCAACAACAACAACAACAUUGGAGACGAUGGCCACUUGCACUGUGGCUGUAGGUGGUCACCAAGUACCUCGAGGUCAACCGUUGUCGACUUGGACUCACUCAUCGCCACAAUGCAACAAAACAUCAACAAUACAUGGCAGCAGCAGCAACAAGACCUCGACCUUCCUCUACCCUACACGUGCGACCCUUAUAGGGCCUCGUCAACAAACAACAACAAUUUUGGCAGCAGCAACAACAACUUCAACAGCCACAGCAAUUUUGGUAGUAGUAGCAAUAACAACAGCCUCAGCAACAAGCUCUCCGGGUCACUGCCGACAUCUUCAUCGACCUCUUCAUCGAUUGGUGGUGCCAGUCGCAACUACAACAGCCACAACAACAACACCUACUAUCCGAUUGAAGAUAGUAAUUCAUUGAAAAGUAAACACAGUCUAAACAACAACAACAACAUUGCCAUCAACAAUGAGCAGAGUUCACUGCUUGGUGGGAAAAAUAUUUUGCAACCGCCAGGGUACUCGUGCUCUCCUCAACAACUAAACGAUUUAAGGCAGUUGAAGACACUAAUCGAGGAAUGCUCUGACAAAACGAAACGAGACAGCGGUGUACUUGUAGAAGAACCUGACGUCAUCCAGGACACCAACAACAUCAGCGAAACGAAACGAAACGAAACAAAAUUCAACAGCAAUUACAACAGCAACAAUAUCAACAACAAAUAUAAUGAUAAUAGUUAUGAUAAUAUUGACGAUGAUGAUUGUAGAUUGGAGAAUUUUUCGGCGUUUUUGGCAAAACCAUGCUUUCCGCCUGUACCCCAAUUAAUGAACUAA